GCUGGAAACUGAGAAUAAAGGGAAGAGCUACAAAGGCUAAAAAACAAAAACAAAACCUUUCCUGCUGGGGAGCAGAGAAGAACUACUCCCUUUUCCGGUACCUCACCCCAGGAAAUGGUUCUUUACCACGGGUGACCACAUCCACCCUGUUUCCAUAGAAACACCUGGGAGGAAGAGGGUGGCAGGGGCAGUUGAGUCACAGUUGCUUAACUGCCUGCCCCAAAUGGGCCCUGUUUAUACCCUUCUGGGAAUCCCACCCUAUUCAGUGCCCUCCCAGGAUGCACUGAAGCGAUCAUCCCUCAAAUUGGAUGAGAACAGAAACUGCUGGACUAUCUGAAGAGACCAAGACUCCUUUUCCCUCGUUUUCUUUCCGUUCCUUUUUUCCUCUCUGUUUUUCUCUCCCAUCUUGGUCCUUCCAUUUCCCUCUCCCACUCCCAGAUGUCUGCAGCUCUGGAACAGCCUCCUGAGGAUCCAGGCCUGCCCCAAUCCUCCCCAUGGCCCCCCCUCCUGUGCGGACCCUGCAUCCCCAUCAUGCUGGGCCUGGCCUUGGUGGCCGCCAUCUUCCUCCUGGCCACAGCUGUGCUGGCCGAGCGUCUUUACCGCCGUUCUCUGGAAUCAGACCCUAGAGUCCAGGGGCCCAGCCUGGUCUGGCGCCCAGGAGGGGAGCUGUGGAUUGAGCCUGUGGGGACACCCCACGAACGAUCCGAGGAUUGGUAUGGUUCAACAGCCCCUCUUCUGCACUCCCAGGCUCCUGAGCCCCCAAUUCUUGGGGGCACUUUGGAAAUGCGGGCCACAGCACCCCCCCUUCCAGAUUCUUCUCUCUGUCCUUUAGUUUCCCCCCAGGCCCCCGAGUCUCCUGGCAGCACGUUCUGCACAGCAAACCCUUGGGAAGAAAGGCCUCGGACCACUGGUCUGGUGGGCUGGUUUGAACCCCAGCCAGGGCCAGAACCCUCACCCCCCCCACUUUAUAGCAUCCGAAGGCCUGGGAGCCCUGAGCCUGACUGGAGCCUUCAGCCACGGGUGACCCUGGAGCAGAUCUCAGCUUUUUGGAGAAGAGAGAGCAGGGUACAUGGAGGUAAAACUGAGGUUUUACCCAGGUUAAGCUUCCCAUAGAGAACUUCCUCCAUAUUGAAGGCCUAGGGGAAGGUGGGCUUCCUGAGGGUCACGAGACAUUGGGGCCUAUGGACACAGGACCCUGUUCCUCACCUUUGGAUCCUGGACUAUCCUCAGAGAAGAGAGGUAGGAUCCGGAAGGGACCCGCAAGGACAGAAUGCUGAGCACUUUAAAAAAAAAUCAAGACUCUUUUCUUCUGGACUCUGGAGGUCAGACUGGACGGGGAUGAAGCGGUCACUCCUGCAGAGCCAAAUGGAUCCCUAGCUCACCCUGUGAUAAGGUGCCAUCUCUCUUUAGAAUGGCCUAACGGAGGUGGGGCAAAUGGGGAUGUUAGUAUAACCGUAAAGUCACCCGAGCAAGAACAUCAGGGGUGUGAAAUGGAGGAAAUGAACAAUUCUCUUUCCCACCCUUCAGCUGCUCUCAGUCUCCCACCUGCUGUUCCCUCCCGAGCUCCCAAUCCCCUCACCUGUGGCAAAUAAACCUGCUUCCAAGCUCUUAA